AUGUUCACAUAUGUGCAAAUAGUAAAGCAGAGCUCUAAAAGUGCAACUGUAAAGUGUCAUGCGAGAUGUUCAUUAUUCUUAUUGGACAACGAGAACAAAGAGCUGGUAGCGAAUGUAUUCGACAAAGCUGGUGACCUUACAGAAAUUAGAAUUCCAAUGACGAUGGGAGUCGUAGGACGUGUAGCAACUACACGAACAAUGAUGAAUGUGCGCGAUGUGCAGAGGUACGGUGGCAAGUUUUGAUU